GGAGACUGCCACCCGUCCAAAGAGGAUCCCCCCGACCACCCGGCUAAAGAGGAGUCCCCCAGCCACCAGUUCAGAGAGGAUCACUCGGUCAACCCGUCCAAAGAGGAUCCCCCCGACCACCCGGCUAAAGAGGAGUCCCCCGGCCACCAGUUCAGAGAGGAUCACUCGGUCCACCCGUCCAAAGAGGAUCCCCCCGACCACCCGGCUAAAGAGGAGUCCCCCAGCCACCAAUCCAGAGAGGAUCACUCGGUCCACCCGUCCAAAGAGGAUCCCCCAGGCCAACCGGCUGAAGAGGUGUCUGCCAGCCACCACUCCACAGAGGGGCUCUCGAACCGCCCGUCCACAGAGGAGCCUCCCGGCUAUCAGUCCACGGAGGAACGCGCUGGCCUCCAGUCCACAGAGGAGCCUCCAUGACACCAGUCCACAGGGGAGUCCCCUCGCCACCAGUCCACAGAGGAGCCCCCUGGUCACCAGUCCACAGAGACGCCCCAUGGCCACCAGUCCACAGAGGAGUCCCCUCGCCACCAUUCCACCGAGAAGCCCCAUGGCCACAAGUCCACAGAGGAGUCCCCUCGCCACCAGUCCACAGAGGAGUCCCCUCGCCACCAGUCCACAGAGGAGUCCCCUCGCCACCAGUCCACAGAGACGCCCCAUGGCCACCAGUCCACAGAGGAGUCCCCUUGCCACCAGUCCACAGAGAAGCCCCAUGGCCACCAGUCCACAGAGGUCUCCACAGAGAAGCCCCAUGGCCACCAGUCCACAGAGGAGUCCCCUGGUCACCAGUCCAUACAGAGGGCCCCAAGACACCAGUCCACAGAGAAGUCUUCAAGACACCAGUCUAUACAGAGGGCCCCAAGACACCAGUCCAUACAGGCCCCAGAGCAUCAGUCCAUUCAGGAGCCCCACUCUGUCUGACCGGUCCACGACCAACUCUACACACCACGAUGACGACUCCGAGAACAGCCUUUCGGACUUUAGCCACGGCACAGUCACCCCAAGCCCCAUGAGAAGCCCCAUGGCCACCAGUCCACAGAGGAAUCCCCUCGCCACCAGUCCACAGAGGAGUCCCCUGGUCACUAGUCCACCGAGAAGCCCCAUGGACACCAGUCCACAGAGGAAUCCCCUCGCCACCAGUCCACAGAGGAGUCCCCUGGUCACCAGUCCACCGAGAAGCCCCAUGGACACCAGUCCACAGAGAAGCCCCAUGGACACCAGUCCACCGAGAAGCCCCAUGGCCACCAGUCCAUACAGAGCGCCCCGAGACACCAGUCCACAGAGAAGUCUUCAAGACACCAGUCUAUACAGAGGGCCCCAAGACACCAGUCCAUACAGGCCCCAGAGCAUCAGUCCAAGCAUCAGUCCAUUCAGGAGCCCCACUCUGUCUGACCGGUCCAUGACCAACUCUGCACACCAUGACGACGACUCCGAGAACAGCCUUUCGGACUUUAGCCACGGCACAGUCACCUCCGUGGAGGAUCUGCAGGAGAGUUCAUGGGAACAUCCGGCUGAUGGUGCGAUAGAAGAGGAGCUGGACACCAGUUGCACCGAAACACCUUCAGGUGAAGAAUACCGUCCGGGCCAACAUGACCACUGCCAUCCCCCUGAGCUGGGGGCGACUGUCAAUGCCAGGGUCAACGCAGGCAUAAGGGUAAAGGGCCCUCAACAGAUCUUCGAGCCCGCGUCCAACCUGGUGGAUGACCUGUUGCUUGAGGUAGGUGACCAACCAGGCCUUCCGACCCACGAGGCACUCCUACGCCGAGUCAACAGAGCGAAAGCCAAUCUCAGACCAGCGGAACCGACGGACUUCAACUUUGAAUUAGACAUGGACAACGUGCCAGAGGGAUAUGUGCUGAAGGACAUUGAAGUACAGGGAAAUCGUCGCCUCCGACGACACCUGCUGCUUGCCACGCAGCUCCAACUGAGCAUCCUUGCGUCAGCUCGCACAUGGUAUAUUGAUGGCACAUUUAAGAUCGUGCGUGCGCCAUUUACCCAGGUGCUUUCCCUGCACGCCUUUCUCCAGAAUGGUGGCAACAUCAAGCAGGUUCCCCUUGCUUUUGCGGUGAUGUCUGGGAGGAAGAAGGGAGACUACAGGGCAGUGUUCAGUGAGCUCAUAGACGCCCUGCCAGGUGUCAUCAACCUGCAGGAGUGUGUGCUGGACUUUGAAUCAGCUCUGUGGCAGGUCCUCCCGCAACUGUUUCCCCACGUCCGUCUGCGCGGAUGCAGCUUCCACUGGGCACAAGCAGUUUGGAGACACGCCCAGCAGCUGGGACUGCAGGUGCCAUACAAAGAAGACGAACGGGUACACAGGUGGCUGCGGAGACUGUUGGCACUCCCCUACCUUCCAGUAGCAGCCAUCCCCCAAGCGCUCACAGAGCUGCAGUCAAAAGUAAGGGAAUCCAGAGUGCUGACAGAGCUGGCAGGGUACGUGGAGAGGACCUGGCUACACAGUUCAGCUUGGCCUCCUCGUUGUUGGUCUGUGUACGGUCGAUCGAUUCGGACAAACAACGACGUGGAGGGAUGGCACAACAGACUUUAA